AUGUGGCCCUUGCCGAGCCCGGGAGGGACUCGGCCCCAGCACAGCCAGGUGGGCAGCGGGGAAGCCCUGCCCCCGCACAGGUGGCCUCACGUGGACCGCCCUUUCCAGUGGGUCCUGGCCUUCGAGAUCUUCAUCCCGCUGGUUCUCUUCUUCAUCCUCCUGGGGCUGCGGCAAAAGAAACCCACCAUUUCAGUGAAGGAAGUCUCCUUCUACACAGCGGCACCCCUGACGUCUGCCGGCAUCCUGCCCGUCAUGCAGUCGCUGUGUCCUGAUGGCCAGCGGGACGAGUUUGGAUUCCUGCAGUAUGCCAACUCCACGGUCACCCAGCUGCUGGAACGCCUCAACCGUGUGGUAGAAGAGGGCAACUUGUUUGACCCAGCACGGCCCAACCUGGGCUUGGAGCUGGAGGCCCUGCGCCAGCACCUGGAGGCCCUCAGCUCGGACCCAGGCACCUGGGGGAGCCCUCCGGACCGAUCUGCAGUGGCCUCCUUCUCUCUGGACUCGGUGGCCAGAGACCCACGGGAGCUCGGACGUUUCCUCAUGCAGAAUCUGUCGCUGCCUAACGGCACGGCCCAGGCCCUCCUGGCCGCCCGCGUGGACCCUUCUGAGGUCUACCGUCUGCUCUUCGGCCCUUUACCCGUACUGGACGGGGAGUCCUAUUUCCUCAGGGGCCGGGAGCCCUGGAGCCACCCGGGCAGCGAACCCUUGUUCCGGAUGGAGGAGCUGCUGCUGGCUCCUGCCCGUUUGGAGCGGCUCACUUGUGCCCUGGGCUCUGGGGGGCUGGACCGGAUCCUUGCUAUGCCAGAGGGGCGGCAGACGGCCCUGCAGGGCUAUCGAGACGUGGUCUGCAGCGGGCAGGCCGGCACCCGUGCCCAGCGCUUCACAGAGCUGGCUGCAGUGCUCCGGAACCAGCUGGACGUGGCCAAGAUUGCUCAGCAGCUGGGCUUGGAUGCCCCCAACAGCUCAGACUCCCAGCCGCGGGCACCAUCCCCACGGGGCCUGCAGGCUCUCCUGGGGGACCUGCUGGACGCACAGAAGGUUCUGCAGGAUGUGGACGUCCUGUCCGCCCUGGCUCUGCUGCUGCCCCAGGGCGCCUGCACUGGCCGCACCCCGGCGCCUCCCGCGAGCAGCCGCGGUGGGGUGGCCAACGGCACUGGGCCGGGGCCUGGCACCGGCUCCAACAUCACUGCCGAGGACAGCACCCAGGCCGCGGCAGCCCCCGUCACCCCGGAUACGCUUCAAGGCCAGUGCUCGGCCUUCGUGCAGCUCUGGGCUGGCCUGCAGCCCAUCUUAUGUGGCAACAACCGGGGCCUUACACAUGCGCUCUCCGCUUCUGUCUCCCUCCCCAUUCUCGACCGCUCUCCCUGCCCAGCCUUCUACACAGCGGCACCCCUGACGUCUGCCGGCAUCCUGCCCGUCAUGCAGUCGCUGUGUCCUGAUGGCCAGCGGGACGAGUUUGGAUUCCUGCAGUAUGCCAACUCCACGGUCACCCAGCUGCUGGAACGCCUCAACCGUGUGGUAGAAGAGGGCAACUUGUUUGACCCAGCACGGCCCAACCUGGGCUUGGAGCUGGAGGCCCUGCGCCAGCACCUGGAGGCCCUCAGCUCGGACCCAGGCACCUGGGGGAGCCCUCCGGACCGAUCUGCAGUGGCCUCCUUCUCUCUGGACUCGGUGGCCAGAGACCCACGGGAGCUCGGACGUUUCCUCAUGCAGAAUCUGUCGCUGCCUAACGGCACGGCCCAGGCCCUCCUGGCCGCCCGCGUGGACCCUUCUGAGGUCUACCGUCUGCUCUUCGGCCCUUUACCCGUACUGGACGGGGAGUCCUAUUUCCUCAGGGGCCGGGAGCCCUGGAGCCACCCGGGCAGCGAACCCUUGUUCCGGAUGGAGGAGCUGCUGCUGGCUCCUGCCCGUUUGGAGCGGCUCACUUGUGCCCUGGGCUCUGGGGGGCUGGACCGGAUCCUUGCUAUGCCAGAGGGGCGGCAGACGGCCCUGCAGGGCUAUCGAGACGUGGUCUGCAGCGGGCAGGCCGGCACCCGUGCCCAGCGCUUCACAGAGCUGGCUGCAGUGCUCCGGAACCAGCUGGACGUGGCCAAGAUUGCUCAGCAGCUGGGCUUGGAUGCCCCCAACAGCUCAGACUCCCAGCCGCGGGCACCAUCCCCACGGGGCCUGCAGGCUCUCCUGGGGGACCUGCUGGACGCACAGAAGGUUCUGCAGGAUGUGGACGUCCUGUCCGCCCUGGCUCUGCUGCUGCCCCAGGGCGCCUGCACUGGCCGCACCCCGGCGCCUCCCGCGAGCAGCCGCGGUGGGGUGGCCAACGGCACUGGGCCGGGGCCUGGCACCGGCUCCAACAUCACUGCCGAGGACAGCACCCAGGCCGCGGCAGCCCCCGUCACCCCGGAUACGCUUCAAGGCCAGUGCUCGGCCUUCGUGCAGCUCUGGGCUGGCCUGCAGCCCAUCUUAUGUGGCAACAACCGCACCAUUGAGCCAGAGGCACUGCGGAGGGGCAACAUGAGCUCCCUGGGCUUCACGAGCAAGGAGCAGCGGAACCUGGGCCUGCUCGUGCACCUCAUGACCAGCAACCCCAAAAUCCUCUACGCGCCAGCUGGCUCCGAGGCUGACCGCGUCAUCCUCAAGGCCAACGAGACUUUUGCCUUUGUGGGCAAUGUGACCCACUAUGCCCAGGUCUGGCUCAACAUCUCUGCGGAGAUCCGCAGCUUCCUGGAGCAGGGCAGGCUGCAGCAGCACCUGCACUGGCUACAGCAGUAUGUGACAGAGCUGCAGCUGCACCCAGAAGCCCUGAACCUGUCACUGGAUGAGCUGCCGCCUGCCCUGCGCCAGGGCAACUUCUCUCUGCCCAACGGCACAGCCCUCCUGCAGCAGCUGGACACGAUUGACAAUGCAGCCUGCGGCUGGGUCCAGUUCAUGUCCAAGGUGAGUGUGGACAUCUUCAAGGGCUUUCCUGACGAGGAGAGCAUUGUCAACUAUACACUCAACCAGGCCUACCAGGACAACGUCACCGUGUUUGCCAGUGUGAUCUUCCAGACACGGAAAGAUGGCUCCCUUCCCCCCCAUGUGCACUACAAGAUCCGGCAGAACUCCAGCUUCACAGAGAAGACCAACGAGAUCCGCCGGGCCUACUGGCGGCCGGGGCCCAACACGGGUGGCCGCUUCUACUUCCUCUAUGGCUUUGUCUGGAUCCAGGACAUGAUGGAGCGCGCCAUCAUCAACACUUUCGUGGGGCAUGACGUGGUGGAGCCGGGCAACUACGUGCAGAUGUUCCCAUACCCCUGCUACACCCGGGAUGACUUCCUGUUUGUCAUUGAGCACAUGAUGCCGCUGUGCAUGGUGAUCUCCUGGGUCUACUCAGUGGCCAUGACCAUCCAGCACAUUGUGGCAGAGAAGGAGCACCGGCUCAAGGAGGUGAUGAAGACAAUGGGUCUCAACAACGCGGUGCACUGGGUGGCCUGGUUCAUCACGGGCUUCGUGCAGCUGUCCAUCUCCGUGACGGCGCUCACUGCCAUCCUCAAGUACGGCCAGGUGCUCAUGCACAGCCAUGUGGCCAUCAUCUGGCUCUUCCUGGCUGUCUACGCCGUGGCCACCAUCAUGUUCUGCUUCCUGGUGUCUGUGCUGUAUUCUAAGGCCAAGCUGGCCUCAGCCUGUGGCGGCAUCAUCUACUUCCUGAGCUACGUGCCCUACAUGUAUGUGGCAAUCCGUGAGGAGGUGGCACACGAUAAGAUCACUGCCUUCGAGAAGUGCAUUGCGUCCUUGAUGUCCACAACAGCCUUUGGCCUGGGCUCCAAAUACUUUGCGCUGUACGAGGUGGCUGGUGUGGGCAUCCAGUGGCACACAUUCAGCCAGUCCCCGGUGGAAGGGGAUGACUUCAACCUCCUGCUGGCAGUCACCAUGCUGAUGGUGGAUGCUGUUGUCUACGGCGUGCUCACGUGGUACAUCGAGGCUGUGCACCCAGGCAUGUACGGGCUGCCCCGGCCCUGGUACUUCCCGCUGCAGAAGUCCUACUGGCUGGGCAGUGGACGCACGGAGACGUGGGAGUGGAGCUGGCCCUGGGUGCGGGCGCCCCGCCUCAGCGUCAUGGAGGAGGACCAGGCCUGCGCCAUGGAGAGCAGGCGCUUUGAGGAGAUGCGUGGCAUGGAGGAGGAGCCCACACACCUGCCGCUGGUGGUCUGCGUGGACAGGCUCACCAAGGUGUACAAGAAUGACAAGAAGCUGGCCCUGAACAAGCUGAGCCUCAACCUCUACGAGAACCAGGUGGUCUCGUUCCUGGGCCACAAUGGGGCGGGCAAGACCACCACCAUGUCCAUCUUGACCGGCCUGUUCCCACCCACAUCGGGGUCAGCCACCAUCUACGGACAUGACAUCCGCACGGAGAUGGAUGCCAUCCGCAAAAACUUGGGCAUGUGCCCACAACACAAUGUGCUGUUUGACCGCCUCACGGUGGAAGAGCACCUCUGGUUCUACUCCCGGCUGAAGAGCAUGGCACAGGAGGAGGUCCACAAGGAGAUGGACAAGAUGAUCGAGGACCUGGAGCUCUCCAACAAGCGGCACUCGCUGGUGCAGACGCUGUCUGGUGGGAUGAAGCGCAAGCUCUCGGUGGCCAUUGCCUUCGUGGGGGGUUCCCGUGCCAUCAUCCUGGAUGAGCCCACUGCGGGUGUCGACCCCUAUGCGCGCCGGGCCAUCUGGGACCUCAUCCUGAAAUACAAGCCCGGCCGCACCAUCCUCCUGUCCACGCACCACAUGGAUGAGGCCGAGCUGCUGGGGGACCGCAUCGCCAUCGUCUCCCACGGCAAGCUCAGGUGCUGCGGCUCCCCGCUCUUCCUCAAGGGCGCCUAUGGCGACGGUUACCGCCUCACUCUGGUCAAGCGUCCCGCUGAGCCUGGCGCUCCCCAAGAGCCAGGGCUGGCCUCCAGCCCCCCAGGCCGGGCCCAGCUGAGCAGCUGCUCUGAGCCCCAGGUGUCCCAGUUCAUCCGCAAGCACGUGGCCUCCUGCCUGUUGGUCUCAGACACCAGCACCGAGCUCUCCUACAUCCUGCCCAGUGAAGCCGCCAAGAAGGGGGCCUUCGAGCGUCUCUUCCAGCACUUAGAGCACAGCCUGGACGCGCUACACCUGAGCAGCUUCGGGCUGAUGGACACGACGCUGGAGGAGGUGUUCCUCAAAGUGUCUGAGGAGGACCAGUCCCUGGAGAACAGUGAGGCGGACGUGAAGGAGUCCAGGAAGGAUGUGCUGCCUGGGGCCGAGGGCCCAGUGUGCGGGGAAGAUCAAGCUGGCAACCUGGCCCGGUGCUCAGAGCUGGCCCAGUCACAGGCGUCGCUGCAGUCAGCCUCCUCCGUGGGCUCUGCCCGCGGUGACGAGGGAGCUGGCUACGCCGACGUCUACGGCGAUUACCGCCCCCUUUUUGAUAACCUGCAGGACCCGGAUAAUGUCAGCUUGCAAGAGGCCGAGGCGGAGGUCCUCACACGGGUGGGCCAGGGCAGCCACAAGCUGGAGGGCUGGUGGCUGAAGGUGCGGCAGUUCCAUGGGCUCCUGGUGAAGCGCUUCCACUGUGCGCGCCGCAACUCCAAAGCGCUGUGCUCGCAGAUCCUGCUGCCUGCCUUCUUCGUCUGCGUGGCCAUGACCGUGGCGCUCUCCGUCCCUGAGAUAGGUGACCUGCCGCCACUGGUCCUGUCACCCUCCCAGUACCACAACUACACCCAGCCCCGUGGCAACUUCAUCCCCUAUGCCAAUGAGGAGCGCCGGGAGUACCGACUGCGGCUGUCACCUGACGCCAGCCCCCAGCAGCUGGUGAGCACCUUCCGGCUGCCCUCGGGUGUAGGCGCUACCUGUGUGCUCAAGUCUCCCGCCAAUGGCUCCCUGGGGCCAACGGUGAAUCUGAGCAGUGGAGAGUCCCGCCUGCUGGCCGCCCGGUUCUUUGACGGCAUGUGCCUGGAGUCCUUCACCCAGGGGCUGCCGCUGUCCAACUUCGUGCCGCCCCCACCCUCUCCUGCCCCGUCCGACUCCCCCAUGUCCUCGGACGAGGACCUGCCACAGGCCUGGAACGCCUCUCUGCCACCCACCACCGGGCCAGAGACGUGGACGUCGGCACCGUCUCUGCCACGCCUGGUGCGGGAGCCUGUCCGCUGCACCUGCUCUGCCCAGGGCACGGGCUUCUCCUGCCCCAGCAGUGUGGGCGGACACCCGCCCCAGAUGCGGGUGGUCACAGGUGACAUCCUGAUGGACAUCACCGGCCACAACGUCUCCGAAUACCUACUCUUCACUUCCGACCGCUUCCGGCUGCACCGGUAUGGGGCCCUCACCUUCGGCAAUGUCCUCAAGUCCAUCCCAGCCUCCUUUGGCACCCGGGCCCCACCAAUGGUGCGGAAGAUUGCAGUGCGAAGGGCGGCGCAGGUGCUCUAUAAUAACAAGGGCUAUCACAGCAUGCCCACCUACCUCAACAGCCUGAACAACGCCAUCCUGCGUGCCAACCUGCCCAAGGGCAAGGGCAACCCCGCAGCCUAUGGCAUCACUGUCACCAACCACCCCAUGAAUAAGACAAGCGCCAGCCUCUCUCUGGAUUACCUGCUGCAGGGCACCGACGUUGUCAUAGCCAUCUUCAUCAUCGUGGCCAUGUCCUUCGUGCCGGCCAGCUUUGUGGUCUUCCUGGUCGCUGAAAAGUCUACCAAAGCCAAGCACCUACAGUUUGUCAGUGGCUGCAACCCUGUCACCUACUGGCUGGCCAACUACGUGUGGGACAUGCUUAACUACCUGGUCCCGGCUACGUGCUGUGUCAUCAUCCUGUUUGUUUUUGACCUUCCGGCCUACACAUCACCCACCAACUUUCCAGCUGUGCUCUCCUUGUUCCUACUCUAUGGGUGGUCCAUCACGCCCAUCAUGUACCCAGCUUCCUUCUGGUUUGAGGUCCCCAGCUCGGCCUAUGUGUUCCUCAUCGUUAUCAACCUCUUCAUCGGCAUCACGGCCACCGUGGCCACCUUCCUGCUGCAGCUUUUUGAGCACGACAAGGACCUGAAGGCCGUCAACAGCUACCUAAAAAGCUGCUUCCUCAUCUUCCCCAAUUACAACCUGGGCCACGGGCUCAUGGAGAUGGCCUACAACGAGUACAUCAACGAGUACUAUGCCAAGAUUGGCCAGUUCGACAAGAUGAAGUCUCCGUUUGAGUGGGACAUCGUGACACGAGGGCUGGUGGCCAUGACCGUCGAGGGCGUGGUGGGCUUUCUUCUCACGAUCAUGUGCCAGUACAACUUCCUGCGGCAGCCUCCACGCAUGCCUGUGUCCACCAAGCCUGUGGAGGACGACGUGGAUGUGGCCGCCGAACGGCAGCGGGUGCUUCGUGGAGAUGCAGACAAUGACAUGGUCAAGAUUGAGAACCUGACCAAGGUGUACAAGUCCCGGAAGAUCGGCCGCAUCCUGGCCGUCGACCGCCUGUGCCUGGGCGUGCGGCCCGGGGAGUGCUUUGGCCUCCUGGGCGUCAACGGCGCGGGCAAGACGAGCACCUUCAAGAUGCUGACGGGAGACGAGAGCACCACAGGAGGCGAGGCCUUCGUCAACGGGCACAGCGUGCUGAAGGAGCUGCCCCAGGUGCAGCAGAGCCUCGGCUACUGCCCGCAGUUCGACGCCCUGUUCGACGAGCUCACGGCCCGAGAGCACCUGCAGCUGUACACGCGCCUGCGGGGCAUCCCCUGGAAGGACGAGGCCCGGGUGGUGAAGUGGGCUCUGGAGAAGUUGGAGCUGACCAAGUACGCCGACAAGCCUGCGGGCACCUACAGCGGCGGGAACAAGCGGAAGCUGUCCACGGCCAUCGCGCUCAUCGGGUACCCCGCCUUCAUCUUCCUGGACGAGCCCACCACUGGCAUGGACCCCAAGGCCCGGCGCUUCCUGUGGAACCUCAUCCUGGACCUCAUCAAAACGGGUCGCUCGGUGGUGCUGACGUCGCACAGCAUGGAGGAGUGCGAGGCCCUGUGCACACGGCUGGCCAUCAUGGUGAAUGGGCGUCUGCGCUGUCUGGGCAGCAUCCAGCACCUGAAGAACAGGUUCGGAGACGGCUACAUGAUCACGGUGCGGACCAAGUGCAGCCAGAACGUGAAGGACGUGGUGUGUUUCUUCAACCGGAACUUCCCAGAGGCUGUGCUGAAGGAGCGGCACCACACCAAGGUGCAGUACCAGCUCAAGUCGGAGCAUGUCUCGCUGGCUCAGGUGUUCAGCAAGAUGGAGCAGGUGGUGGGCGUGCUGGGGAUCGAGGACUACUCAGUUAGCCAGACCACCCUGGACAACGUGUUUGUGAACUUUGCCAAGAAGCAGAGUGACAACCUGGAGCAGCAGGAGACCGAGCCUCCCUCGGCCCUGCGGUCGCCCCUGGGCCGCCUGCUGAGCCUGCUGAGGCCCCGGCCAGCCCCCACGGAGCUGCGGGCGCUGGUGACGGACGAACCCGAGGACCUGGAUACAGAGGAUGAGGGCCUCAUCAGCUUCGAGGAGGAGCGGGUCCAGCUCUCCUUCAACACAGACACCCUCUGCUGACAGCUGGCACUGAGUCAGGACAUGCUGGGGACAGAAAUCAGCGGGGGCUGAGGCCCUCCCUCCCCCCGUGCACACCUGCAGGCCCUGGAAGGAACGUGCAGGACCAAGGGGCUCUUCGCCCUCCUCCAGCCCACCGCCCUCCUUGGCCCUGCCCUGUGGUUACUGCGGCUGUCCUCCCCUACUUGUGCCAAAGGCUGGCCCGGCCCUGGGCUGCACACACCCUCACCCUGCUUUGCCUUAAAGCCUUGGGGCCUGGCCCGGCCCAUGUCCUGCCCAGCUCUGCCCACCUUCCCAGGGUGAUAUGGGCUGCCCAGGCGCACCGCCUGACCCCUCUCCUCGGUGCCCCGAGGCUGGUCAGGGCUGGUAUCCUCCACUGGCCUCUUACAUCGAUGGUUGAUGCAAGAGGCUUGUUGUGGUCUGGAGCGGCGGGCGGCAUCAGAAGAAGGGAUUUCCCCAGCCUGCAGCUGGGCUGCUGGGGCCACCCCCAGAAGCCCCGGAUGUGGCGGGGAGGGCUCCUGUGGCCCUGGCAGAGUAGCAGGAGUGGAGAACAGGCCCUACCGGCCAGGUGUGGGGUCCAUCCCCACUCCUCCCCCUCCAGCUGUCUUUGCUCUCCCCUCCAGCUUGGCCCCUGCCCGUCACCCACCUGGGGGCUGGACCUGCACAUAGCGCACAGAUGUUUGUUUUCAAUAAAUAAGCAAAAAAGC